AAAAAGACAGACAGAAACUUCAACCAGAUGUUGAAUUUUGUGUGUAAAAUUUCCAUCGUACUUUUAUUAAAAUAAUUUCAUGUAUUUUAUAAAUACCAAACAAAACCGAUAGUUCGUUACAGUACACCCCGAUCUUCUAAUUUCCGACUAAAUCUCCAACUGUGAUAUAGAAUUCGAGUGGAUAGUGAUAAGUUGAAGAAAGCAGAUAAAAUGGCGAUUUGAGAGAAGUGAGCAAUGGUGGCCAUAUGAGAUAAUACAAAGUCGCAAUGGAAGACAACUCGCUGAACCAUCAAAACGGUAGCCAAAUGGGGCCGCAGGCUGGCGCCGUGGGAAACAACAAGCAGAAUGAAGAGGUCAACACGAAAUCCCACUAUUCCAUACCGGGAAUAUUGCAUUUCAUCCAGCACGAAUGGGCUAGGUUCGAGUUGGAAAGAUCACAAUGGGAAGUUGAUCGAGCCGAAUUACAAGCGCGGAUCGCGUUUCUCCAGGGUGAAAGAAAGGGUCAGGAAAAUCUCAAACAUGAUCUUGUGCGAAGAAUAAAGAUGCUCGAAUUUGCCCUGAAGCAAGAAAGGGCCAAGUUUCACAAGCUCAAAUAUGGAACAGAUCUGCAGCAAGGUGACGUGAAACCGCCGGUGAUCGAAGAAUCCUCCGAGCAAGGUACAGACGCGGAUCAGUCGUACGUGCAAGUGACAAACUCGACGUGGAAACAGGGCAGGCAGCUACUCAGGCAGUACCUGCAAGAAAUCGGCUACACGGACCGCAUCAUCGACGUACGAUCCACUAGGGUGCGAGCACUGCUCGGACUGAACAACAACAACGGCGAUCACGAAGAGAAUCACAACGGGGGAGGCGGAGGCGGUACUGGGGGAGGUGGUACCGGCCUCAACGGCAACGAGUCCAACAAGCGGGCCAGCGAAACGCAAGGGCGCAGGACUCCGGCAAAGAAAGUCCAACCGAGCUCCCUAGCGGAAGCGAUGAUAUUAGAUACUGAAGCAGCGGUGAUGGCAAAUCUGGAUUUCCUUUCCAAUACUGACGUCGACAUGGAGGAUGAUGACGACAUGAGCGAUGAAGUCGACAUUGAACAGUCUGAUGACAUGGAAGAUGACGUCAAACUUGGGAAGAAAGCUUUAGGUGACGAUGUGGACGCGAUUGCACUGGAAGUGUUCAACGAAUUGAACAGGUUGUCAGAGGCUGAAAAGAAACAGGAUAUCAAAACAGAACAAACUGAUUGGAACAAAGCGAUACCAAAGCGGCCGUUGGGCCUAGGUGAGGAUGAUAAUGUGGAUUCGUCACUCGGCCUGGGUGAAUUGGCGCAAUUGACUGUGAAUAACGAUGCUGAAAAUACUUACGAAGUAGCCAGUAGCAAGGAAACUUGCAGAAAAACCUGGAAUGCAAAAUACACGCUACGCAGCCAUUUCGACGCUGUCCAUGCGUUGGCGUUCCAUCCUACUGAACCUGUAUUGAUAACUGCCAGUGAAGACCAUACGUUGAAGCUGUGGAACCUGCAGAAGACAGUGCCGGCAAAGAAGAGCGCCUCGCUGGACGUUGAACCUCUCUAUACUUUUAGGAGUCAUACAGGUCCAGUGUUCUGCCUGGCCGUAUCCGGUACCGGCGAGCAGUGCUAUUCGGCCGGUCUGGACGGUACGAUCUGCUGCUGGAACGUACCGGGCGCCAACACGGAUCCGUACGACCUGUACGAACCGGACGUACUGGCCGGUACGUUGCACGGACACACGGACGCCAUCUGGGGGCUGGCGGUGCGAGGUGGUGCCGCCGCUAACGCCGGCGGCGACGGUCAAGCCAGGUUGGUCAGCUGCUCAGCGGAUGGUACUGUCAAGUUGUGGUCGCCGCACGCUAAGAACCAACUGCAGCUAAACACGUACGUGUCAGAGCAGGACGGCAUUCCCACAAGCAUAGACUUCGUGUACGAUGAACCAAACCAUAUCGUAGCAUCCUACACUAGCGCCCAUUGUGUGAUUUUCGACCUGGAAACGGGCAAGCCUGUUGUAAGGCUCGACCCUCAGCUGGACCCGAAUGUUAAUGCAGCUGCCAGGCAUAUUAACAAAAUUGUCUGCCAUCCGACACUGCCGUUGACGGUGACGGCUCACGAAGACCGUCACAUCAGAUUCUGGGACAACAAUACGGGCAAAGUGGUACACUCGAUGGUCGCCCAUCUAGACGCGGUCACCUGCUUAGCUGUCGAUCCCAACGGAUUGUACAUAUUGUCCGGUUCACACGACUGCUCGAUUCGACUGUGGAACCUGGACAACAAAACGUGCGUGCAGGAAAUAACCGCGCAUCGGAAGAAGUUCGACGAGAGCAUUCUGGACGUGGCCUUCCAUCCGUCAAGGCCGUACAUCGCGAGUGCUGGUGCUGACGGGCUGGCUAAGGUGUUUGUCUAAGACGAGUUGGCAUGUGAGAUGCUCUCUGAAAAUAGAAUAAGUACUGGGAAUGGUCCGUUCUAGAUACGGAAAGAGAGAAUCACUAUUAGAUGAUGCGAAAACCUCUCGUUCGUUUGAGAAACUUCAGCUAGUUGUCUUUAUAUAUUCGAUGCCCCUCUUAACAUGAAUGGUUGGAUGGUAACCCAAGGCAAAGUGUAAACAAGUAACUUUUGAACAAAUUAUAAAAAACUAAAUUUUUUUCGUUGCGGACAAGGUUUUUAGAUCAUUCUCAACGAAAAGCGCCCUUAUUAACUUUUUUCAUAAAAUUUACCAUUUUCGGGUUAUACACGAUUUAAGGUCUGAAAAACUUGAUGCUGAAAUAUUCUGUUAGAAAGUUUACUUUUUGAGGUUGCCAAGUGCUUGAAGUUCUAACCUUCCACUGCAAGACCCUAAAGAGUAUUUUGGGCUUAGUUUAUUUUGAAGCAUUUUUAUUUAAUUGCAGUAAGCAUAUGUAAUAUUACAUACGCUGGAGCAGUCUUAAAGUGAGCGGUAAUUAGAGGGCGAUGCAGUGGAUAAUUUUUUUAAUUGGACAUGCGAGCAUCUCUCAGAAGCACUAAAGCAGGCAUUUCAGACUUUAUAUCGCUUAUAACUCGAAAGCGGUCAACUAAGGACUUUUCCAGAAUGAUCGAAAAACAAAACGGAGGUAAGUUUUUGAUUCAUGUUAAGGGGAAUCGAACACACGUAAUUUUAGAAAACAUAUAGUUUGAAAAGAAGAAGCUUUCGCCUCGUCUAUUUGAAAAAAUCGUAUUGGUGAGAAAAAUCGAUGAAUAGCGUCGAUUUAUAAGUAUGUAGUUCUUUGUAGAGUAUCUCUCUCCUUAACUAGAAUGGACCUCUACAAAGAUGUACUGAGUGUCAAAACAAGUCCGCGUAAAAAUUUAUCUACCAUUUUCAAUGCUUCGCUCAUCCACAAUCUAUUUUUGAGUCUCAAAUAUUUGGUCAUGCAAAAAUAAAAUCGUUACUGGGUGCGGUUGGGUGAGACCAAAUAAUUAUAUAUCAAAAAAUUCGGGUUGGAAAAUUCGAAUUUGUAUUUAAAUUGCAUCGUCGCCGAAUGAGUGGAUACGUUUUUGACGCUUGUAAUGUUGGCACGCCCUGUGUAGUUGAUAACAACAAAGAUUAUAUAUACUGUGAGUUCGUUUAAAAGUGAUUCUUUUUUAUUAAUUUGCUUUUAUAUACGAUUGAUUUUACAAAAUCGGAGGAAAAUUGUGACAGGCUGUUACGAAAAGUCGUACGCAAACUGCUAUUGCACUAUUUGAAAUUGACAUCCUCAAUAUAGAGGUUGUUAUUUAGGCAAGGUAAGGUCAGUUAAUGGGUAGUAACUGAAAAAAAUAUAUAGUAGCGAUUUUAUACUUUGAUCAGAAAAAAUGCUUACUAUUAUAUCCUGUAAACUGAUAUUUGGGUAUGAUAGAAAAACCAUUUCUUUGCACUACCAAAAAAUAUAUGCUGCAACAAUGCUUUUGGAACUCGAUACUCAAGCCAUUUUCUGUUGUCAUUUUAAAGGUAUAAAAUAGCUACUACUGUCAUAUUUUGAGCUAUUAUCACUACCCUCAAAAUAUAUCGAGACGAUGAUGAAUUUUGUAAUUCAUUGAUAUUAUUUAAGAAAAUACGGACUAAAUUUGGAUAUAGCUGCAGGAUAACCAAUAUACUUUGGUGAACUAUUUAAAACUAAGGUAUGCGUAUGAUUUUUCAACACUACAAUUGUAACAGCGGUAGCUUUUUGGGCUUGACGAGUAGUGCAGUGUUUAAACUAUACAUACAGCCAAACAUGAGUUGAUCUUAUUACUACUAAAGUCGGAAACAGUGUUGAUCUUCAAACAUUCUAGAAAGUAUAGUAAUUUUCCAGCCACAUGGCUAAUGUGGAAUAUUCAAUGUUGAUCCAGUGUUGAUUGACUCGUGUUUGAAUUUGUAUUCAGUAAUAUUUGCUGUGAAGAUUUUAUCAUCGCCCUUUACCUUUCAAAUUCCAAUGUUCGCAUCUUCACCUUUAAAAAUGACCACAAACAGAGCAAUAAUACAUGUUUUUGAUAAAUAUUCCACCAGCAUUUCCCUUGUCAUCUUUGCUAAUUCAUUCAGUAUCUGUAUGUGAAUUUGUGUAUUAUAAAACGCCUUUUAUCUGUGCCGGUUUUGUGAUCUCUAAUGUUUCUUCUAUGUAUAUCACCUUUGCAGAAAAAACUAAAUGAGUAUUUCUAAAGGCCGGAUGCAUCGUCAUUCCUUGAGCAGAAUAGUUCCGUAAAAAUUUAAGCCCAGGGAAUCGGACUGAAGAACCGGGACCGAUGAAGCUUGUCCCUGUUCUUUCAGGACUAAGUACAAAUUUGACCCUUUCAAUACGACUUUAUUUUGAAAAAGAUGAACGUAAUUUUACAGUUGGGACGAACGGGUCCCAGCAAAAAUCGGCAUUCAAAAUACGACUUUUCUUUUUUUUUUUAGUGUUCGUGCAAAAUACCUUAUCUACAUAACAAAUAUCAAUGGAUUAAAUAAGAGAAACCCUUUUUUUAUUUAUUAAGUAAUAAACAAAAAAUACAAAACACAUUUGUCCCAACAGUAGGGAAAAAAUGGAUACAAAUGUCCCACUAGUAACAAAAAUACUUUAGUUAAAAAUGUAACAUGAACGAAAAUAAUAAACUUCUAACAUUUAAGUGUGGAAGGAUUGGAAACAGUCAUUGCACAAGGGAAGCUUAACAUACAUGCUGACCACAUAGUCUUUGUUCUUUUUUCCACUUUUCGAGAAGUACAUGAAUGACAUCUACGACGAGAUUUUCCUAGAAACGGCAAAUGAUCUCCUACGUUUACGAGAUCUAUUGAUGAACUUGAAAGUCUGCCACUACAGUGUUUUCUAACAACACCUGCUUAUGUCGACCUGUGUCUAUCAAAUCUUCUGCUAGGUUUGCUAGAAAUGUAAUGAACAGAACAUCACGCUUAUGAGCUUCUUUGAAUAGUAUCCAUGCAUUUGAGGCUGAUCGUGUAAAAUAUUUUUCUCCACACAUAUACUAGUAUGUUCAUAUAUACAUAUCCAGUGUCAGAAUCGCAUCUCUCCCAAAUCUUAAUACCUCUCUUUUUGGUUUUAACGGAAGAUAUUGUUUCAGCGACGAACGACCUUUAAAUUUCACCAUUAUUCAUUCAUUCAUCUAUACUUUAAAAACUACUGUCAGUUCGAGCUUUUGGAAAUGUAUGUUUGAGACAUGACAUAACUUCAGAAAUGUAAUAAAGUUUGUCUGGAUGGUUGUAAUACAUUUUUGAUGUAAGGAGAAAAAAUCUGUCUGUAGAGAUGGCAUUUUUGAUAGCCUCAUUUCCAAGUGAUUUGUUAGAUGACCAAUAAUUAGAUGAAGAUGGUACUUUGUUGUAUGCCAUGACAAAAUAACAACCAAUUACCAACAUCAUUUCGUGAUAAUCGGUGGGAAGAUAUUGCUUUUUUGACUUCUGCUUCUGGGAACUAAUUUCAAAAAACACUAGAGUUCAGAUGAUUUAUGAGUAAUAUCUGCAUAUAAAAUACGUGUAACAUGCGCGGUAGGUACACUCUUUGAAGGAAUAAAUGAAGAUCCACUUGUGCUCCAGUGAAUAUUCUUCUUACUGAUGGGGUUAGGCUCUACCUCAAUCUCCCCAAGAUCUGACGCUAAAUUAGGCUGUACGCUAAGAAUUUCAUCAUCAGGCAAAUUGUUUUCAGCUUUCUCUUGGUUGUUACUUUUGCAGGAAGCUCCAGAUCACUUUCAGAUGAAAUAUCCGAUUCUGACUUAUAGACGUCAGUCAACCCAUACUCAUUUAUUUUCCGCGCAAGUUCUUUAGCAGUUAACGCUCUUUUUCUAGAAAAUAAAAAGAUAAAAUGAGACCUAUGCAAAAAUAGUAACGCUUAUAGUCAAAAUUAUAUCAAUUUGUAAUAUCAUAAAUAUUUCGAACGUAUUCAUAUGGGAUUUGCUGGUGACUGCAUUGUGAUGUCCUUACAAAUGGGUAUAAUUUGAUUAUUAUUCUAACUAUACACUGUACUAACUACUGACUAUACAUUACUGUUGGGACAUAUAAGUCGAUAAUUCGAUGUAUUUCUUUAGAUAAUUAUAAAUAAUUAUGUAUAAUAAGUAUACAUGACUACUUACCUGUCCAUGUUGUUUAAUCACAUUUGAACGAAUUUGAAUCCAAAAACACAAGUGCAUUUGUUUACAAAUUGCAGAAUAAUGCUACAACCUAACCUCAAAAUAUAAUUUCCUGUUGAUAGUAUCUAAGACAAAGCCCACGUUACAACUGGGACAAUGCAUAAUACGUUUUAAGUUGACAUAGCACCGAAUAAUAUUUAAAAACAUCAGUAUGGGACAUAUAUAGUAUGUCCCUACAGUAAUCUGAAUGCAUUUACUGUUAUUCAUAAUGCGUAAUUAGAUGAAGGAAUUUUUGCUGGGAUUUAUAUAACCCGUUAGUAUCGAAAGGGUUAAUUAUGUUGAAAAUUUCAAUUCUCGUUGUAGAACCAACUAUUGUUUGAUGGAAACUCAAAAAAUAAACUGAUGAGACCCUAUUAAGGCAUCUAAUCCAUUACCUAAAUUUCUGAUGCCCUAAUCAUUUGUUUGUUGAAGAUUUAUUUAGCAUUAAUUUCAGUGUAGAAUAAUUAUUCGCUUACACAUUUUUUAAUCGAUUUUCUUUCAUUUUGCAUUCUUACAUCACUAUGCAUUUUGAGUAUUCAUAAAAUGAUUUUUGAUCGCAUCCUAAACAUUUCUAAAUUUGAAAAUCUCGGGUUCAUUUGACGGCUAGUCCCGAAAUUCCUGAUACUUGAUUUUCUGCUUAGGAAAUAUAUCUGACAACUUUCCUGACACUCCUAAGGCAUAUAAGGCAUCAUAAUUUCGAGUAAAGGAACGACUAUGCCUUCAGGCUUUUUUAGAGCUUUAGAAAACUGACAAAAAAAAUAUUAAGCUGUCUUAUUAAGCGCGCCUGUCGCAAUUUUCAUCCGCCCAAAAUAGAUUAGGUGUACAUAAGCAAUAGAUUUUUAAUAUUUUGUAUAUAUUAUCCAAGAUUUACUUUACGUAUUAUUUUUUUUAAAAUGAAUAUCCUUUUGUAAAUAAGUUUAUUUAUUCAUAGCUAGCUACCAUGUAAUUCUUUUGUCUACGUCAACAAACAUGUAACCAUAACGAAUUCUAAAAGUGUGAGAAAUGUAAAUAUAGAAGUGAUUGUCGCUGCUUUGCCCACAUCCAUCGUAAGAUAGAGUUCUCAGACGAGAAUCAUUUCAUUUUAGAGACUAAUGGAUUGCGAGCAGGUUUGCAUCAGAUUCUGAAAAACGUGGCAAUACUUCCAAAGUAGGAGGCUCAUCAAAAAAAGUUCCUAUAAAAAUGGGUCUAAGGGUCGUAUCGUCAGUCGCUCCUGCAAUUGUAGGACGCCUUUAUGGCCUCCUUGAUUUUCAUAGUUUUCUACUGUUCCGAGUCAGCACUCUACUACUAAUACUACAGGUCAAAACUUUCAAGUCAAUGUCUUGAUCCGCUCCAAACAUACAUAUUUUUUAUUUCAAAAUUAUAUCAACACCCUAUCUCCUUAAGGGGCCAUUGUAGAACCCAUGUUUAUGUGAACUUUUAAAGUUUUUUUUUCAACUAUAUACUCUAGAAAUAUUGUCACGUCACGCUGUAUACUGCGGUUUCAUGUUCAACAAAAGCGCGAUUUUUUUGUCAUAUUUUUUGCCUUAUUUUUGUAACUCGUACUAGUAGGGAAGCCCAAAAUGGUUAAUGGGGUAUAACUCAAACGUCGUAGGGACCUACUGGGUUUUGAAGAUUAUGGGGCAGAAAAAAUAACGUUUCACUGGUGAGGGUGGUUGCCUACAGGUUUUCAGAAAUGUAAAAAUAUGGUGUCUAUGCCCCACUUGUCUCUGAUAUUGGAGGUAUGAUAAUCUGCCUGUUUGUAUUUGAGGGUGGCUGUACGGUAGAAAAUAAAAAAAAUAAAUAAAUUUAAUCGAGAGCAUCAAAGAUUUAAGUGAACCCAAAAGAUGCUCCCAUUUGAAACACUGACGAUUCGGAGAUGACGUAAACUCAUGGCGGACUUGAAAAAUACAAAAAAAUACUUCUGAUCAGCAGCCUUAGACGUACGCCCCUAUAUAAAGGGCUUAAUAUCGUGGAUGUACUCAACAAGGUAUCCCUUCUUAUGUGAAUGUGCCGCCUUUGGGUAAAUCCUAAAAUCGCCUAUUGGGCUUUCCCUUACUAUACCUAUGUCAUAGAUGAGGUCCGAUAAGUUCUUAACCUACAAAAGAAAAACGAAAAUUUUGGAAAAAUGAUUUAUUUUUCAACGUAAUCUUUCAGCUAGAUACACUUGAUCCAGCGAUGCUCCCAACUGUUUAACCCGUCUGAAAAAUACAUUUUCUGGAGGACUGCAGAGUAGUGAGUACUUAUCGCACCGCCCUCGUAGAUAUUUUACAUUUUUAACGAUUCAAAAGAUAAUGCCUCAGUAAAAGAAAUAAGGUAUACAAACAAAAGCUCCAAGCAGAUUUAUUGUUUCCUUAUGAUAUAAUAAGUGUAUGUUUAUUUAGUAGACACUUUUGAAAUUUGCUCGCAAUCUUACAAUGUAAACACAUUUCGCUAGCGCUGAGAACUCUCAAAACUAAUAUCUCCAUCGUCGCUCUAUUUAUUGUGUACAUUUGUCCUACCAUUGUGGUUCAAAUACCCCUUAGACGUACAUUAUGUAGAUUAUUGGUGUAUAAAGCUACUAUCUCGUCCUUGACCCCGACGCGAACCUAACCAUUAACCAGCCACUGUCGAUCAAGUAAUGUCUCGCUUUUAUAUCUACAAUCGAUGUUCGGAACACUUAUUCAAGCUAUCUCGUAUCUACACACUAAACCCAUCGACAUUCAAGCGGUAAACACAAGCAUGACGCGUGGAAUACCGUGCAUUCUACUACCUGAAGAUAGAUUUCUAUCGCCAUCUAUAAGGCAGUAGCGGAACGCAAUACGGAAUUUAGAAAUCUAAUUUGAUUCAGCUAGUGCCUCAUAGAUGGCGCGAGGAGCUUCAAUCCUGUUUCGGCGCCUCUCUAAUGCCUCUUUUAAUUGGGUAUCUUCAGGCGUUGAUUAUCGUAUUCCACCUGAAGAUACCCAAUUACAUUACUCAUUAGAGAGGCACCAAAAAGCCCCUUCUAUGGGGCACUAGCAGGACCAAACACUGACCCCUUUCAAAAUAGAUUUCUGAAUUCAUUUUUGUGUUCUUUUACUACCUCAUAGAUGGCGCUGAUAUCUUUCAAAUCACUUUUUGGACGCCUGAAUACAGUACAUGGUAAGCUAUCUUCAGAUAAAAUACGUUAUGACUGAUACUAUUGAUAUACUCGAAAAAUGGAAUAGUCUGAUCGAGCAGGUAAAAGUUUUCAUGCUUUGCUCUAUCUAUAAUUUGGAUAUGGUUAAGCCUCCAUGGAAAGGUUGUUUUUGUUUUUCUUACAAGCUGCUUAGUUGGAUUUUUAUAAUCGUGUAGUUCAAGAAACAGUGCAAUACCACUUCGAAUAAAUCUGAAAUCUCAUACUUUAAACGCGUCGUAAUAUUUUUCAUUUGUAUUCAUCCUUUGUGUUAUAUCACAUAAUUAAUAAUAAUAAUAAUAAUAAUGACUUUAUUCAAAAGAUGAUCAUAGUAUGGCGAAGUUUAGCCAUGGCUACUCUACCACUUAACCAUACUACAACCAGACAUUACAAAACAUUAGCAUAACAACAUGAAUCAGUAGCUGUAACGAAUGCAUUAAAAAUAUAUACAACAAAUAUGAACAUAUACAAAGAAAAGAAACAAAAGAACAAGAUAUCAUUCAGCAAAAAUGAAUUUAUCACUCAAUGUGCUGAGUCCAGAAAGUGCAACUUGACUGUCUUCUUGAAGCGCUGCAAACUUAAGCUCUUAGAGAUAGCUGGCAAAGAAUUGUAUACCUUGACCGCAUUAUAAGUAAAGGACCUUUCAAAGACCGACGUACGAUGUAUAGGAAUGGAAAGUAGAUCAUUGUGCCGCAGAUUUAGAGUAAUUUGGUUUCCACGAGGAAUCAACUUACAGAGCAAAUAGACGGGUUUACCAGUUUUAAAAAUUCUAUGCACCAAUGAAGCCAUAGAGUAGUUGUAUAAGCCGUCAACUCUGAGCCACUGUAACUCCUUGAUUUUUGAAGAAACGCUACUGUACUUCCUAAGCCCAAAUAUGAAUCUGCAACAGUUGUUCUGAAGCUUCUGCAAUUUUGACUUGCAAGCUGAGUCUAGGCAUGGGUAAAUGAGGACUAAAGAGUAAGCUAAAAUUGAUAAUAUGAGGCUUUCACACAACUUUUUACGGCACUUAAAGUUUAGAAUAUGGCGACUAGAAUAUAAAAGCUUCAUCUUCAUAUAACUCGACUUCAUAAUAUUAUUCACAUGUAAGUUAAAUCGAAGAUCUGAAUCAAAUAUAACACCUAGAUUCUUAGCAUUAUCACAAAAUGGAAUAUCUAUGUCGUUGAUAAACAAGGAGACCCGAUUUGUGAUGUUGUAAUUUGAAUGUCUAGGACAGUAUGGUAUCGCGGUGCAUUUUGAUGGAUUGAUGCGGAGACAGUGUCUAUUGCAAUACGUUAAUACGUUGUCAAGAUCUAGGUUAAUUUUGUAGGAUGCUUCAUGUAAGUUGGAUUCAUUGAAACGAAAUGUUAGCUGUGUAUCGUCAGCAUACAUUUGAAUGCAACAAUGUUCUACACACUCAUGCAGAUCGAAUGUGUAUACUAGGAAUAAAAGAGGUCCCAGUACUGAACCCUGUGGAACUCCUGAUGACAGAUACUGUGCAUCAGAAGUUCCUCCCAGAAUUCAUUUUGAUAUUAGAUUCUUCAAGGGAAGCAUGCUUUUAAGGUGGGAAUAGCUGGCCGUAUCGCAUAGAAACUCCCCUUUAUAAAACGGGAAAGGAUUUCAGGCACUCUUUUAUCUGGAAGGAGUUCCGCGCCAUUCCAUGAUACGCCAAAUAGUUAUUUCUUUUUGGCCAUACACAUACGCGCUACCCUUUAAAAUUGCGCAAUCAUAUGGUAAAUCAUCUGGAAACAUACUAUAGUAUGAAAAAAGCGUGUUUAUGUGCAGCAAUUUACUCGUUGCUCGACCGACAUGUUUCUUUGAAAAAACCGCAUAAUUAUUUUUUGUAAGUGUAAUGUCAAGAUAUAUUAUUUUAAGGACGUACAAAUGAAAAAUGUUACUUUCUACACAAUGAUUAUAAGUAUCGUCUGUAGUGAAUUAUCCGAAAAUUUUCAUAAAAUAAAGUACAUGUUAUUUUGCUGAAGAGAUGACCAUGCUGCUCAAAAACUCUCUUGCAGUAAGUUCCUUAGAAAACGUUCGCACAAGAUCGGUGUGUAAUGAUGUACCUUGAUAAAAAGAGAAAUACUCAAUGAACAUGUCAUAUGACACGUAGAAUUUCAGCUAUUAAGUGGAUAGGAUCUAUUACUGCCUGUAAAUGUGUCAGAGUUUUGUAUUGUAAGCAAAACUUGAACAAGCCAUCCAUCCACUCACUCAUCAAUUCGUUAAGGGGUUAAAACAAUUAUCUCAAAGAAUACAGCAGGUUACUGGACCGUUACUUUUAGAAUAAAUCAAUACUUGUUAAGAACAUAAAUAAAAACAUCACAAUUUUA